AUGGCAGCUCCAAGGUCUGCUACCCGAGUCUUUCGAGCUCUUCAGAGCUCACCACGAUGCCUACGACGAACAUACGCCUCGGCCGCUGAGCCAGAUCUCAAGACGACUUUGAAGGAGGUUAUCCCAGAGAAACGAGAACUGUUGAAACAAGUCAAGAGCCAUGCAGACAAGAAAAUUGGUGAUAUUACAGUUGGUAUGGUUAUUGGUGGUAUGAGGACAAUGAAGUCAAUGGUCUGGGAAGGCAGUGUCCUAGACGCAGACGAAGGUAUUCGCUUCCACGGUAAAACAAUUGCGGACUGCCAAAACGAGCUUCCCAAGGGCACAUCUGGCACUGAGAUGCUUCCUGAAGCCAUGUUCUGGCUGCUGCUCACCGGCAAAGUCCCCUCCACAAACCAGGUUCGAGCACUGUCGAGGGAGCUGAAUGAGAAAUCAGAACUUCCAAAGCACGUCAAACAGAUGCUACAGUCUUUUGACAAGAACGUGCAUCCCAUGACACAGCUUGCCUGCGCUGUUGCAGCUUUGAACACAGAGUCAGCCUUUGCCAGAAAAUACGCCGAGGGCAUGAACAAGGCCGACUACUGGGAGCCAACAUUCGACGAUAGCAUUGCACUCCUUGCCAAACUUCCUCGAGUUGCCGCUGCCAUCUUCGACAAGUCAUGUCUUGACUCGCCGCUGGAUAUGGAUCAGGACUGGGCUUACAAUUUUGCUAAGCUGUUGGCACUGCACGGAGACCACGAAGGAGGUAACGUAUCUGCUCAUGCCACCCACCUUGUCGGCUCCGCACUCUCCGACCCGUAUUUGUCUUACUCUGCAGGUCUGCUCGGUCUUGCGGGACCACUGCAUGGCCUAGCUGCUCAGGAGGUUCUACGGUGGAUCCUGAAGAUGCAAUCUUCCAUUGGCGAAAACUUUUCCGACCAGGAUGUCAAGGACUACUUAUGGGCGACCUUGAAAUCUGGCCAGGUCGUGCCAGGUUACGGUCAUGGUGUGCUACGAAAGCCUGAUCCUCGAUUCAAGGCACUCAUCGAUUUCGGUGAUGCCAGAGAAGAUAUCUCCAACAACCCUGUGUACAGAUUGGUGAAGAAGAACAGUGAAGUCGCGCCCGGAGUCUUGACUGAACAUGGCAAGACCAAGAACCCACAUCCUAAUGUCGAUAGCGCAUCGGGAGUGCUCUUCCAUCAUUACGGCUUCAGAGAUCCUCUCUACUACACAGUCACGUUUGGCGUCAGUCGAGGUCUUGGUCCACUAGCACAGCUCAUCUGGGAUCGAGCUCUGGGCAUGCCGAUUGAGCGACCAAAGAGUAUCAACCUGGGUGGUUUGAUGAAGCUGGUAUAA